AUGGACUUCUUCCAAAGAUUAACUAAAAAUAUAUUUUGUAGGUGCAAAGGAAAAAGGUACUUUGAAUGCCCUGAUAAGUAUGGGGCCUUUGUGAAGCCUGUCAACGUUCUGUGUGAGUUUCCGUCCAACGUAACAAAUGAUACUGCCGAAGAAAUUCAACAUGCUAUUUGCAAGAUUUCUACCAAAGAAUUGGAGGCUUCUGCAAACGCUACUAUAACGAGACAAUUAAAAGGAGUAUGUACCACAAAUGAGUUGAAUCGACGAUUAGAUAAUUUAGAAAAUCGAAUUCUACAAGAAAUUGAUAGCUUGAAGCAAAUUUUGCUAUCGAAGGGGCGGGGAAUCCCAGAGACAAAGACAGACAGUUCACUUUUGAGCAGCCGUUUUGCCGCAAAAUAUCUAAAAACCGAACGAUCAUCAAUAACGUCCGACAGAAAUGAAGAGAUCGCCCUGUAUAACGAUACUGUGAGCGAAUCGAACAAAGGCAGCAUCUAUUUUUAUUACUGGAAUGUACAAAAUGUUCGAGAGCUUUUGGAAAAAGAGGACAUGUACAUAUCCAGUCCAGAAUUUAAUAUUUUAGGGCACACUCUUCACUUGCAGUUUUACCCGAACCAUUUGGAGAAACAGUAUUUCGGAAUACAGUUGCGUCCUUCGAGUAAGGGAUUCCUGAAAAAGCACCGGAUAACCUUGCUGAAUAUAUUCAACAAAAAUUUGGAUUUGGAAUCAGGGAUCUUGUACGGUCUGAACAUGGAAGACGGUGUAUUCAGAACCUCUCGAGAUAGUAUCAGUAAAAGAGGUUUUCUAGUAAGCAACUCAUUGAUCGUGAAGUUGGAAAUUUAUUUAAAUUCGUGAAAAUGGGCUACUGGACUGGUAGGGGACGUGGGGGGAAUAAGAGCAGGGUGUAAUAGUGGAAAAACCAGGUGAAAAAUUCAAAUUUACCGCGCCAUGCAUCGGUCCCGCUACAUGCGAUAAAACCUGAUAUCUUACAAAAUAUUUCGGU